CUCUGUUCCUUUGUGGAUAAACUCACAGCUCAAAAUAGACAGCUGGAGGAUGAGCUGCAGGAUCUGGCAGCCAAGAAGGAGUCAGUGGCCCACUGGGAAGCUCAGAUUGCGGAAAUCAUUCAGUGGGUCAGCGACGAGAAAGAUGCCCGGGGUUACCUUCAAGCUCUUGCUUCCAAGAUGACCGAAGAGCUCGAGGCUUUGAGGAGUUCUAGUCUGGGGUCAAGAACACUGGAUCCACUGUGGAAGGUGCGCCGCAGCCAGAAGCUGGACAUGUCCGCACGGCUGGAGCUGCAGUCGGCCCUUGAGGCGGAGAUCCGGGCCAAGCAGCUUGUCCAGGAGGAGCUGAGGAAGGUCAAGGAUGCCAACCUCACCUUGGAAAGCAAACUAAAGGACUCUGAAGCCAAAAACAGAGAAUUAUUAGAAGAAAUGGAAAUUUUGAAGAAAAAGAUGGAAGAAAAAUUCAGAGCAGAUACUG